AAAAUGGGGAACAAUUUACUGUGAAUCUCGAUUAAGCCAAGAGACGUGUUCUGUUGCAGUAAUUUCUACAAGCACCAAACUUGGAAGGACAAAAUCUUGAAGCGAUUCCACUACCCUUAUGUUCUUGCCUGUCAGAAAUCUUGCAAAAAUCAACUUUUUCGUUUUCCGACCGAAGACAUAUGACACUUCCCAUGUUGUCUCCACAAGUUAUUUUCAUUCCUUUUCAACUUCACCUUUUCAUGUAUGUGUCGAGUCUGACCACUUCAUGAGCAAUAGAUCUUCCGCUAAAGCAGAAGAAUGCGUGGACCUUCAUGGGAAGUCCGAUGUUGAUGUUGUCAUUUCUAAAGUUUGUGAGGCAAAUACAGAGGACGAAGUUUUCAAGUCUCUGGUGCAUGAUUCUGCAUGUAAGACCAUAAAGAUCACUCAUGGCUUUGUUGAUAGGUUACUUCAUCGAUUCAAAGAUGAUUGGAAGUCUGCGUUGGGUGUUUUUAGAUGGGCAGAAGCAUGUCCUCACUAUAAACCCUCACCAGAAUUGUAUGAUAGAUUGGUGGACAUAUUGGGAAAAAUGAAGCAAAUGGAAAAGGUGAAUGCACUAGUGGAGGAAAUGCGUGAGAGCAAUCUCGUCUCACUUAAUACCAUAGCAAAGAUCAUGAGGAGAUUUGCUGGUGCGGGAGAUUGGAAAGAUGCUGUAAGGAUAUUCGACGAGUUGGGAAAAUUUGGAUUGGGAAAGAAUACAGAAUCUAUGAACUUGUUACUUGACACCCUUUGUAAAGAGCAUAAAGUGGAGCAAGCACGCACGAUAUUCUUGGAGCUGAAGUCACAUAUUCAACCAAAUGCAAACACUUUCAAUAUUUUUAUACAUGGCUGGUGCAAAAUAAAGAGGGUGGAGGAGGCACAUUGGACAAUUCAAGAGAUGAAAGGACAUGGUUGUCGCCCAUGUGUCAUAAGCUACUCGACCAUCAUUCAAUUCUAUUGCAAUCAAUACAACUUCCAUAAGGUCUAUGAACUUCUUGAUGAAAUGAAAACUCAAGGAUGUUCUCCUAAUGUUGUUACUUUCACAACUAUUAUGCAUUCCUUGACCAAGUCAGGAGAGUUUGAGGAAGCUUUGCAAAUAUCUGAAAGAAUGAAAUCGGUUGGUUGUAAACCCGAUACACUGUUUUACAAUGCCUUGAUUCAUUCUUUAGGCCGGGCUGGUCGCGUGAAGGAGGCUACUCGUGUUUUGUUGGAGGAAAUGCCCAAGAAUAAAACGAGCCCAAAUACAUCAACUUAUAAUUCAAUGAUUGCUAUGUUUUGUCAUCAUAGACAAGAACAAAAAGCACUGCAGUAUCUCAAGAAUUUAGAAAAUGCGUCGUGUUGUAAACCUGAUGUUCAAUCGUAUUAUCCACUGUUAAAGCUGUAUUUUGGAGCUGGGAAGACGGGUGAUUACAUAACAAAAUUGUUGGACGAUAUUGUGAAGAAGCAUCAUCUAUGUCUUGACUUGUCGACUUACACCCUUUUGAUCCAUGGGCUAUGCAAAACCAAAAAAUGCGAGCAUGCCUAUCAACUUUUCAAAGAUAUGACACGUCAAAACAUCAAACCAAGAUAUCUAACAUGUUCUUUGCUUUUGGAUGAAAUCAGACAGAAGAAUAUGUAUGAUGAAGCUGAGAUGAUCCGAGACUUCAUGAAGAAAAUGAAAUCCUCUUGAAGAUGGAGAGAUGAAGGUUCUGGAAUUUAGGAUGAAUGGGAUGCUAGUUGUGAUUUAGCUAGCAGAGUAGGUUUAUGCUCUGUUGAACUAUAUUGCUUCGAUUCAUAUGCCAAGUCUAGCUCAAUCAGUGACAAGAAGUUGGAUUCUACUAAAUGUGCUGCCAGGUUUCUCAAGUUUCUUCUUUGUGGGCGAAGGAAGCAUGAUAGAAAAUUAGAUGCUACAGACUUGAAAUAAUUAUCCUGCAGAAUUAUUCAUAAUCUGUUCAGGGUUCAAAAACAGCCCAAACAUCAAUUUGGCAGAAAUUUUUAAGUGUAUCCGUCCUCCCAAACAAUGAAAGAACAGGGUUUGAAGAGUAAUCUUCCAAGUAUAUCCACCGAAGUGAAAUUUGCUGCUGGAUUCGAGUCCCUCUUCUGAAUAGUGUUGGUCAUCUCCUAUUAUCUGCCAAUAAAGAAAAAGAUGUGGAUUAUGAUACAAUUGGUGCAGUCCCACUUGUGAAUCGAUCCCCUGAUGGAGAAUUAUUGGAAAUAGAGUGAACACAGUCCUCCUAAGUUUGAUAAAUCUCAACUGUUUCAGUCCCUCGAGGCCUUGCUAUAGAGAACUGUACACAUCAAUGUUUACUUCGUCAAGGCUACUGUCAAAUUCGACGAAGAUAUUAGAUGUUCUUUUGCAUAAUGUGGUCAAUUUGCUAUUAUCAUUUUCACUGAUUCAUUCUUUGUGUUUUAUUGAUGAUUCUGCCAUCCAUUGGUGGACUAAUGAAUAUCUUUUAGUUAGCCAAGAACUCCAAAUUCUAUCGAUGAACUUUUCUUGCAA